CAAUACCCCCCCCCCCUCCCCCACCCCCUCCACGCAUUGAUCACCGAGGCGACCAGGAGCGUGUUUUAUCUGCACAGCAAUGAUAUUGUUUGUUGCAGACUGUCGAUCUAGCGGUGAGGGAUUGGAUGUGUAGGUAGGGUUUCACCAUUGGUGCACAGGGAGGUGCCACGUUACAUCGUGGUUCGGAGAGAUUGCGUAGCUGUUGUGGCUGAUCGUUUGCGCUAUUUGAGGACGAUUGUGGGAGAGGAGUGUUGUAGAGGCUAAGACUCGGAGAUCUCGUGAGGACUCGAGGAGGAAAGAUUUUUCAGUGGCAUGCUAGGGUUGUGACUAUGCCAAGGUGGGGGGAUUUGGGACAAUUUGGUGGUGUAUCUCAGCAUUGAGCAGAGUUGAGAGCGUGGGAUUUUAACCGUGUUUGAUGAGGGCGGAACAGCAGUGAGGAAUAGGAGAGUCCUGGAGUCGCUUAUCCACGAGGUUUGUCGUUGGCAAAGGGGGUUAUAAAUCGAGAAAGAGGAGGAAAGUGGAGUUCUUGAACUAGAAGGGAAGCUGCUGCGGUUUUCUUCGUUCAUGAGAAGGAGGAAGAGCCGGAGAGUAAACCGCGAGAGAGAUCUUCGUCGUUGUUACUAUAGUUUUACCUGAUGCUGUUUAACUGACUCUGUUAAUCUUCUUGUGUGCAAGUCAUCUAUGAGAGUGGUAAGGAUGUCGCUGAUGAGGGAGGUUCUUUUAGGGAGAGCUGUCUGUUUUUGUAAUAUAAUUCCUGUGUGCGCUUUAAUAAUUUCCAUGAUUAGGACGUGUUUAAUCAUAGUUGUCGUGUGCGCUAAAAGAGCGAUGCUCUGCUAUCCUCCGCAUUAUGCAUAUGUACAAGCACUGUGGAUGGGCAGGAUAACCACGUUGGAGCUCGAUCCUUUUUUGUGGCGUCCGCCUUGUUAUGGGAAAUCCGAUUUCGUAGCGGGCUUAAGCACACGGUGCUCUGUACUUCGGUUGUGCGUGUUGGAAUUAUUAUUCAGGUCAUGUUCCGAUGUGAUUGUGCUUGUGGGAGGGUGGCCAGGUAUUGCAGAGUAUGAAUGUAGUAUGUGUUUGUGCAGGAAUGAGGAGAGCGAGAGUGUGAGAAAAAGGAGCUCUGUGAGAGAGAGGAAGAGGAGUGAGAGGGGAGAGGAGUGAAGAGUGGCAGGACAGUGCUUUGCAGGCACCCAGAUAUUGUCUUCAAGCUGUGAGUGAUAGAGCACUCAUCUUCUUUCCAUCAACAUGGCGCAAAAUUCUGGCGAGCAUGGCAUGAACCUUGGAUCUCGGAAACUCGUGGAUGUGAUCAAUAUAUGGCUUCCCUCAGGUCCUGGGCAUCCCGUGGGAUAUUGAUACGGAAGGUUUAAGGCAGUACAUGCUGAAGUUUGGUGAGCUUGAUGACGUCAUUGUCAUGAAGGAUCGCGGCACAGGACGAUCCCGAGGAUUUGGUUACGUGACGUUUGCAGCUGUCGAGGAUGCAAAGAAAGCAGUUUCCACGCAACACUCUCUAAAUGGAAGAAUGUUGGAAGUGAAAGUUGCAACCCCUAAGGAGGAGAUGAAACCUCCCGCGAAGAAGAUCACAAGGGUUUUCGUAGCCAGAAUCCCUCCUAGUGUCACCGAUGAAGCCUUUCGAAGUUACUUUGAGAAGUAUGGAACCCUGACUGAUGCUUACAUGCCAAAGGAUCAAGGUUCCAAGGCACAUAGAGGCAUUGGCUUUGUUACGUUUGAGAAUCCAGAAUCAGUUGACAAUCUCAUGAAUGAAACCCACGAGCUUGGUGGGUCGACUAUUGCUGUCGAUCGGGCUACACCGAAGGAGGACGGUGUGAAGACCUGGGGACGUGGAUUUCACGGAGGCAACCAAAAUUCUGCCUCCAAUGCUGGAUCAGGUGCUUAUGGAGCUUACGGUGUGUACACAAACGCUGCUCGGUUUGGUGGCUUGGGGGGCGGAUUUGGAGCUUACGACUAUUCAGGCUCUGGUUUCGGAAGUGAUCUAGGUCCUUCUGGUGGACUGGGCAGUGCUUAUGGAGGUGGCAAUUCCUGGCCCUCUGCGCCCCCAGGUGCUGGUUAUGGUGGCCCAGGUUUGGGAAUUCCAGGGGGAGGAUCAGGGAGUUAUGGUUCCGGAGGUCCGCCGAUCCCGCCUUUGAGAGGCCUAGGUACUAAAAUCUUCGUUGGCAGAUUGCCUCCAGAAGCAAAUGCAGAGGAUUUGAGGCGCUACUUCAACAAUUUCGGACGAAUCUCUGAUGUUUAUGUGCCUAAGGAUGCGAAGAAAACAUCACAUAGAGGAUUUGGCUUUGUCACUUUCUCUGACGAAGGUGCUGCAGAACGAGUUGCUCUACGAAAUCACGAAAUUCUUGGCCAUCAGAUUGCUGUGGACCGUGCAGCACCCCAGGAUGAAACGGCAAAUGUCCCCUACAUGAGCGGUGUUGGUGGCGUGGGAUCACUUUCUGGAGGAGCUGGAGGCCCUAUGAGAGGAAGCAAUGCGCCAUUGCAAGGAAGCGGAUACGGUUCCUUACCUGGCAGCCUCGAUUUCAAUUCGGGGUGGGGUGGUUAUGGUGGUGUAGGUGGAUUACCAUCAGGUUUGGACUCAGGACUUUCUGGCGGCCAUCGCUCUUCUAGGUCAGAACCUCGCUACAGACCAUAUUAGGGAGAUAAUGAGCGAGUUACUCAAGUUAAUCGGUCAAUAUUUGCGUGGAGCAGGACUAGAGAUUGUAGCGAGAAGUGAUCGAGACGCAGAUCAAAAGAUAAUAUACUCUGCGUCAAAGAGCUACGGUGCGUGCAAUCAAGGAUUUAAAUAUGUCAGCAGGUCGGUGCUAGGACUGUUUGUGGAGUAGCUUAGAAUAGGUUGGUUGCUCAAGAUAGUUUUGCUAGACCACGGCUGCUGGAGCCCGAAUUUAGUAUUCUAUGCAGUGAUCCAUACUUUGAUGAAUUGUAAUUUCCAUUUUUGUUUACUGAUGCAGUCAGGAAAUGAUUUUUGUGGACCUUGAA